GUCGACGUAUAAAGUCAUUAUUCGUUGAACAGUUAAGAAGUGGUUAAGAAACAGUUAAGACCAAUAUUCAAAAGAAUAGAGAAGAAAUGUACAAUUUUUACGGCUGCUUCGUGGCAUUAAUCGUUUUUGAAGUAUUUGUAAUUCAAUGCGAUGCUGUAAGGAAUAAUGCAAAAAGGGCUCGAAAACUUGCUAAUGAUGAAGUCAAAUUGCCGUAUGAAGUGAUAGGGAAUAUACUCCACAAAGGUGGUUUAAAAGCAACGAAAGGAGCAGGACGAUCAAAAGCACUAAUUGCCGGAUCCAAAGAUGCCAUGAGCAGAAUUUUUGAAGACCGCAUACUCGUAAUUGAUAAUUGGACGACUCUUAACCGUUCUGUUGAAACAAGUGAGCGUCAAGAGCAUAAAGACGGCCAAUUUUAUUUUGACUUCGGAAGCUAUGCCAGACUAGUGUCACUCUUUGAAACAUUUGGUAAACAUGCAAGACGCAUUUCAAUAAAUUAUCGCUCCAUGAAUGCAACAGUCAGACGUGAGAUAAACAAAAACAUUAUCAAUAAGUAUGCAAACUAUUUAACUGAGCUUAAAAUUUAUGUUUACAAUGAUUCGGGAAUUUGGGAAGAAAUAUCGAAUGAAAAUGGACAAAUUCAGUUCCCGAAUGUGGAAAAAUUUACCUAUGUAUGCGAUACCGCUGAUAGUAGUAGAAAAUCAUUUAAUUUGAAUGCAAUAUUCCCCAAACUUGAAUCUUUCAAGUUGAUUGGUUCCAUAAAAGACCCGAACUGCUUGGUAAACGUCACGAAUUUAAAAGAAUUAACGCUGCAAACUCCUUCAAUACCAGAACACCAAUUCCAAGAUAUUUUUGCAAAAAAUAAAAAAAUAUCAAAGCUUAACUUUUCACCCCAAAAAACAGAGACUCUACAAUCGAUCGGCAAAUAUUUGAAAAAUUUGCAAACACUUAAAAUUAACAGUGCUGGCGAUGAGUUUUUAACCGGGGGUAAUCGUGUCCAAAAUCUUACAUCAGUGACAACUUUCGUCGUGGGAAUUGAUGAAACAAGACUGUUAACAGGAGGACUGUCAUUUAAAAUGCCCAAUUUGAAAAGGCUAAUUGUGCGCGGAGAAUACAUCGAUCAACAAUUGUCUGAUUUUAUCAAUCAUUUCAAAAAUUUGGAUAUGGUAGAAAUCAAACCAUAUGAUGGUAUAUAUGAUGCAGUAGAAUGUAUAGAAAAAUUGACGAGUGUCAAAGAGUAUAUAUCCCCAUUUAACUGUUCACAAUUGGCAUUCUUAGAGCCGUUUUUCGAAACAUUCGAUAGAAAAAAAUCACAUUUGAAUUCAUUAAAAUUGAUAUGCAUUGAUAAUUUAAAAGAAGGCUAUUCUGAAGCAGUUAUGGAUUAUAUCAAUGAUCAGUUAAUAGCAUUGAAAAAACCGACAUGGACUCUAUCUGAUGAAAUGGAGGAUGAAACCAAUAUAAACUAUUUGUUGAUUAAACGUAAUCUAUGAAUUAGUAAGCUUUCCGUUCCAAUUUAAUUUCGCAUGAAUUGCCAACAUUGUUUGAAUCUAAAAUGUGAAUGGUAAAGAAAUAAAAAAAAGAGAUACGUAUUUAA